UUCCGUUAUAGAGAAUUCAGUUUGCCUACGUCUCUCGAAAGAGUGCCAGUGAAAAAGUGCAAUAAAAAAAACUAAUCAAUUUAAAAAUGAAUGUCAACAACGAAGAAUUCAAUGACCCCAAAGGCCAGGGUAUGCCUCCACCGUACUCAGACACACCAGCAGCAUCACCACCCACUGUGGUACACCCAUACCCUCCUGUGCAACCAACCGGAGUUGCAUACCAACCGACUACGGGCGCUAAUGUCGUCCCAGUCCUAGUCGGUAAUCGGGCUAUGGGCCCCAAGCCCAGCACGAUCACCUGUCCAUCUUGCAGAGUGGAGAUAGUCACAAGGGUGGAACACAUCACCUCUUCUAAAACCCACUUGUUUGCUCUCGGACUUUGUAUCGUAUUCUGGCCUUUGGUGUGCCUGCCGUAUUUACUUUCCAGUUGCCAGAAUGCUGACCAUUAUUGUCCAAACUGCAACGCCUACAUCGGAAGCUACAAGAACUAAGACCUGGCUGACUAUAUGUAUAGGACUAAAUUAUAUGAAAAAUAGCUGAUAGAUAGUGUUAUCACCUAUUUAUUACAUACGUGGAAUAAAACAACGCAAGGUUUUGACAAAGGUGAUGUAACAUUUUCCCAAUGUUGCGCAAAUGUUUCAGCCUAGUGAAGUUGUUGUUUGUGAAAUAGGAUCUAUGUGUUCUUUGCCUUAUAUUUGUUGUAAGAAGUGCAUAGAAUUAUGAUAACGCCUAUGAUAAGAAUGUAUUAGAAAGGGUUUUUUGUAAAGCUAUGUGGAAGGAAAUGGAGAUGAAGUGUGUAAUAUUUAAAGAUUAAAUGUGACUGCUUAAACUGGUACUGGUAAAGUGCCUUCCUGGUCUAAUUGAAAUGACUUUGACUCUGUUUGACUUUUAAAGAUUUCGUAAAAUACGUAACUAUUAGUAAAACAAAACUUCUUCCCAAAAUCUUUUAAUGCUGGUCGAACUAUGCAUUCAUGUAUAGUUUUGAUUCAGUACUGAUCAAUUAAUGGGACACAUGAUUGUCAAUUGUUUUUCACAAUCGUUGAGAAUCUCUGUGAAAUGACAAUUUUGACUGAUGUGUCACAAAUGUCACUGUCAAAAGGAUAAUGACCCCAAAACAACACUUCAGCUAUUUUCUGUACAUAAAGGCUCUUACCAUGCAAUGUAUGUAUGUAUGUGGGUUAAAUUUUAAUAAUUUUAUUUUAAGUUGCAUAAAAUAUGAUGGUAAUCUAUACUGAGCUUUAAUAAAUAAAAUAUAAGACAAUAUCAUGUUUUUAUUUCC